AGAUUCGCAUGCUGCUGCUGCUGCCGCCGCCGCCGCCGCCGCCGCCGCUGCUGUUUUCCGCCCGCCGGCUCCCGGUCCCUGAUGUCUCUCUGGCUUCCCCGCGGGGGGCGAAGGUGAAAAGGCUCCUAGAAUGAGUGAAGGGGCGAGCGGUGCCUCCCCACCUGGUGCCGCUUCUGCCGCCGCUGCCACAGCGGCCGCCGCCGCCGCCGAGGAAGGGGCAGCGGCGGCGGCGGGCGGGGGCCAGGACGGGGAAGGGGCGGCCGAGCCCCCCCGGGAGUUACGCUGUAGCAACUGCAUUGUAUGGAACCGGCAGCAGACUUGGCUUUGCGUGGUGCCCCUGUUCAUCGGCUUCAUCGGCCUGGGGCUCAGCCUCAUGCUCCUUAAAUGGAUCGUGGUGGGUUCCGUCAAGGAGUACGUGCCCACCGACUUGGUGGACUCCAAGGGGAUCGGCCAGGACCCCUUUUUCCUCUCCAAGCCCAGCUCCUUCCCCAAGGGCAUGGAGACCACCACGACCACGACCACCACAUCCACCUCCACCUCUACCCCGUCCUCGGGCACCGCCUCCUCCAGGACGCCCAACAGGAUUAGCACUCGUCUGACCACCAUUACGCGGGCGCCCACUCGCUUCCCUGGGCACCGGGUGCCCAUCCGGGCCAGCCCCCGCUCCACAACGGUGCGGCACACCGCAGCCCCCCCGACAGUACUCUCCACCACGGUCCCCUUCUUCAGCAGCAGCACGCAGGGUUCCCGCCCACCCCUGCCAGGGGCCCCCAGUACCCAGCCAAUGCCCUCUUGGCCCACUGCGGCAUACGCUACCUCCUCCUACCUCCACGACUCAACUCCCUCCUGGACCCUGUCUCCCUUUCAGGAUUCUUCCUCCUCCUCUUCCUCCUCCUCCUCCUCCUCCUCCUCCUCUACCACCACACCAGAAACUAGCACCAGCCCCAAAUUUCAUACGACUACAUAUUCCACUGAAAGAUCAGAGCACUUUAAGCCGUGCAAAGACAAGGAUCUUGCAUAUUGUCUGAAUGAAGGAGAAUGCUUUGUGAUUGAAACCUUGACGGGGUCACACAAACACUGCCGGUGCAAAGAAGGCUACCAAGGAGUCCGCUGUGAUCAGUUUUUGCCGAAAACCGAUUCCAUCUUGUCGGAUCCAACAGACCACUUGGGGAUUGAAUUCAUGGGUAAAUCACUAAAUAAAAUUGAGAGUGAAGAAGUUUACCAAAGGCAGGUGCUUUCAAUUUCUUGUAUCAUCUUCGGUAUCGUCAUUGUGGGCAUGCUCUGUGCUGCAUUCUACUUCAAAAGCAAGAAACAAACUAAGCAAAUCCAGGGGCAGCUGAAAGAAAUGCAGAAUGGUAAAAAGUACAGCCUCAAUGCCUCCAGCAUGAUGGUCAAGUCAGAAAACAUGGUGCAGAGCAGAGGUCAGCAGCAAAAUUAUUCAAAGACAGAAAGGCACCCGGGGCGCACCUUAGAGAAAAUGAUGGAAUCCAGUUUUACUGGCAACCAACCUUUCCCAGAAGUCCAUUCUCCUGACAGAGGAAGCCAGUCCUUCAAACACCACAGGAGUCUAUCUUCAUGCUGCAGCCCAGGGCAAAGGACUGGGAUGCUACAUCGGAAUGCUUUCAGAAGGACACCACCUUCUCCUCGGAGUCGACUCAAUGGGAUUGCAGGACCAGCAUAUCAACAACUGGAAGAGGCAAGGAUUGCAGAUCAUGACACAAUUCCUUGCCAAGGGUAUCCAUCCAAUGGAUUAAAAACCCAACAAAAUACAACAAUAAAUAUGCAACUGCCUUCAAGAGAGACAAAACCCUAUUUUAAUAGCUUGGAUCAAAAGGGCCUGGUGGGAUACUCAUCCACAAGGGCCAGUUCUGUUCCCAUCAUCCCUUCAGUGGGCUUAGAGGAAGCCUGCAUGCAAAUGCCAGGUAUUUCUGACAUCACAAGCCUCAAAUGGUGCAAAAACUCCUGUUCUGCUGAACUUGUCAAUGUGAGUGGUCCAGUCAGCAAUUGUCUUAUAGUAGAACAACAAGAAGUAAAAAUAUUGCUAGAAACUGUCCAGGAGCAGAUCCGGAUUCUGACUGAUGCAAGAAGGUCAGAGGACUAUGAACUGGCCAGUGUUGAAACUGAGGACAGUGCAAGUGAAAACACAGCCUUUCUACCCAUGAGUCCCGUGGCCAAAUCAGAAAGAGAGGCACAAUUUGUCUUAAGAAAUGAAACACAAAGAGACUCAGCAUUGACCAAGUGACUUGGGAAAUAAGGAUCUGUGCAUUCAGUGCUUUGCUAAACAGGAAAGAGAGGAAAUUAAAUACAAAUUAUUUAUAUGCAUUAAUUUAAAAGCAUCUACUUAGAAGAAACCAAAUAGUCUAUCGCCCUCAUAUCAUAUAGUGUUUUUUAACAAAAUAUUUUUUUAAAGGGAAAGAAACAUUUCAGGAGGGAUAAAGCUUACAUCAAAAGCUUUUUGGUAGGAUUCUGAAUAGACUUUCAGUUAGUUUUAGCACUGUUCUCUUUGGCUCUUAGAAGGCUUGGGCUAUGCAUAAACACCACUUCAAAAGUUCAAUGUUGGCCUUAGAUUCAUUUGGGGUUUCAAGGUUGAAAAGCAGAAUCCUAUUCACUGAAUGCAGACUGUUUGGUGAACAGGUCCUUGCAGCUUUGCUGGAAUAUGCUCAAACCUUUAACUUCUUGUCCACCUAAUAUGAUCACUGAAGGUUCCACUGUGGCAACAUAUUUUAAUAUUCCCCAUCUGAUUUUGAAAUAGUGGCACAAAAAUACUUAAACUUUGGAAUGGUCAAAAGCACAGGAGAUGCAGGUGCCCUCCACAACCCUACAGUGCACUGUGAGAGUAAAGGUUUUCAAGUCCUAGAAAUUGAGGGAGUUCUAAGUAUGACACUGGCAGAAACAGUCAACCACCAUAAUGUGGGACAAAAUAUUCUACAUAAAAAGUUAGCCUUUGAAGCUCUUGAUUUUCAAAGGAACACUUGUAGGGAUAUGUGUGUAUGUAUGUGUGUCCGUGUGUAGGUGUGCCUGCAUGUACUCACAUGAACCUGUGUGUGUAUGUGUGGGCUUUCUUUCCUCUUAACUUUUAUAUAUAUAUAUAUAUAUAUAUACAUAUAUAUAUACAUAUAUAUAUGUAUAUAUAUAUAUUUUUUUCCUUCUGAGAUAAGUCAGGGAAUCCAAUAUUCAGCCAAAUGUGUUUUCACUUUAAGUCCAAAUUUUAUUUUUACUUUUAAUUUUGCAUUAUAUAUAAACAGUAAGUUCCUAGAACCCUAGGCACUCUCAAACAUUCCUCUGCCUUUUUUUAGAAGAAAGCAACAUUUCACCAGAUAACAUUAAAUUAUGAAUUUAAUAAAUUAAAGGUGUGUUAUUUUUAUUUUUGAAAAUUUGAAUUAUGUCUGUCCAUACAGUUAACCAGAUAUCCUUCUCAUCUUCACUGAUAAAAAGGCUGCUAUUUAUUUUUUAUCUAGUCUAUUCCACAUGAACUAAGGCAUUUGGCUUUUCUUGUUAGGAAGGGAGGGGCAAAUUGCUAGAAGAACAUAGGCCAAAUUCCUCAGUUCACUGGAAACAUGUUGAUGGCCCAGUAAAUAGUGAUAUAUGUUCAUUUGCAAUAAAGCAAUAUUUUGACCACUGGCAAGUAAAUGUCAACAUUUUCUAAAGGUUUAUCUUUUUCCCCCUUUCAUAGGACAUUAAAGAAAACUAGCAUUUUCCUAAUCAGUAGUUUUAGCCACCUAGACAGUUAUCAUUAACCUACCACUUCUGUGGCUACAAUAUUUACUCUCUAUUUUCAUUUUCAAAAAGGCAAAGAAGUUGAAAGGACACCCAAAUUCUGAAGGAUGUUGGAGAAGUUUUUCUUUGUACAUUAUCAUUGCACAGAAUGGCUUUGGGUUAUAACCCCUUAUGAAGCAAACCUGGAUGCCAUAAAUUUCUCAUUGUAAAUUAAUUUGAUAUUGAAGAUGUCGUGUGGGAUUGCUUUUGGAGAAGAAACAAUAGACUUUAGCAAUGGGUUUCAAAAAUAAGCUUACCUUAACCCAAGUAGAGUAGGAGAACAUAAAAUUCUUCAUGUUUCACUUGAUUUUAAAGAGAGAUUUCAACUAGGUGGAGUUACUAUUACUAUUACUAUUAGUCCAGUGAAAGAAUGUGCAGCUCAUUUAUGAACUGCCCUUAUAAGUUGUUAGCCUGAGUGAAAAGAGAGGCAUUAAUGAUAAUAAUUUAACAAAGAUGUAUGUCUUUUUUUUUUUAAAUGCCAUACUUUUCUUUGAAUGGGAAAAAUAUUUACAAAGGUAAAUUUCUAAAUUGUGUGCCCUAUUCCCCCCACAUGUGUAAAUUCCUGUUGGAUGGGAGUGAUGAUUUUGCCAAUGUGUCCCCAUGUAAUGAGUAGGCAGUACAGGUGAGUAUGUGAAAGCACAUUACCCAUAGAUGUAUCCACUAAAAUGGAAUUUGUUCCUCAGCUCCAUCUGCGCACUGUUCAGCUAGCUGGGAGAAGUUAUAUAAUUUGUGAUACAUAAAUUUAUUUAAUAUCUUAGCUGUCCUACAAAGAAUUAAGCUACCCAAUUGCAACUAAAGUUGGUUGCACUUUUGCCAAUUUCUCUCUUAAGCUUCUCUCAAUAAAAAAUAAAAACAAUCCCAUGCUAUUUAAAUUAUGAAAUGAGAUCCAUAUAUAUGGGAUUCUAGGCAUCAAAUAGCCUAUAAGCUAUUAAUCACACACAUAUACUCCCAAUAGAAAUCCUGACAUUAUCAUGGAAGUGGACAUAAUAGAGUUAUUCAGCUGUUUUUUUUAUCUUAAAAAUUGUCAAUUUUUAAACAAAAAUUUUCUAGCAAUUUAUCUGUUUAAGAGUUUUAAAGAUUUACUCUGCCUAUUUUGGUUAAUGUCCCAUUUCAAAAAUGUACUAGCAGAAAAUAUGUAUCCAUACAUAUGAAUUUAAAAGAUCUGCAUAGAAACACUUUAAAAGUCAUGUUAAACACCAAACACCUGGAGCUUGUCACUACUUUGUCCUUAGAACUAUUUUUCCUUAAAGCAAAUCUGUGUGGUUCAAUAAGACACUUUUGGGUUUUUUUUUAAAUGUCUCCCCCCCCCCUUCUUUAUUAUGUGAACCAGAGGCCUCAGUUAAAUUGAAUUUGUUAUUCAUUCUCCAUUUCAGACUGAAGUUUGCCUAUUGUGUUAUAUUAAGGCACUUCUUUCUGUCCCUUCACUAAAAAGAAUUAUUAUUUGCCAGAGGUUGCUGAAAAAUGUUAAUGUCAUUGAUGAAUGGGAGAUGGAGGGUAUUCUGGGAAAAAAGACUGGAAAUGAAAGAUUAACAUCUAGAACUUGUCCCUCAUUUUCUUGGGGAAGGGAGAUAUGGUGAGUUACAUUAUGUUUCUGUGAGUGGUCACCCCACCUUGUUUUGAGUUAAGGACUUGGCAUUUACAAAGUAAUCACAUAUUUAGUGUACUUUCAUUAUUUUAAGUGGUAGAAGAAAUAUGUGAACUGAAUGAAAUAUUUUUUUCAAGGCUUCCUUGGAUUCUGUGCUCAAUAAUUAUAAAAAUCAAUCUGAAAAAAGAGAAAAAAUUUUAACAUGUCCAACUCAGUCAGCAAGAACCCACAUUGAAUAGCUAUGACCACCUAAGGUUUCAGAUGAUUUGGACUAUGCUCCCCAAUUCUAGAUCAAGCUUGGGAAAGCUAUACCAAAUGAACCUGUCAGAUGUAAAGAGUAGAUCGAAUUAUAAAACAGGGAGGGAGAAAGAAAACCAAAGCCUUUCUUCACUUCUUGCCAUUCAAAUGUUACAAACAUUCAUUUCAGUUUCAAUUACUGGUCAAGCCUAGCUUUUGGAUCCCCACUCCUAGUGAUCAAGAUGGCAGAACUGUUACUAUUAUGUGUCUUUCACUGUUCAUAGCAAUGGUGUUUCCCUUCUAGCCAAGCCCUAAAGACAAGGAAAUAUUUCAGAACAACUGUUGUGGAACAAAAUUUCCAACUAAAUCUAUCCUACAAAUAAGAGGGGUAGGGUUUUUGUUUUUUUGGAUAUGGGAAACCUAUAUUUUAUAUAUAAUGAACACUUUUUUAUUACUACUCAAUUGUGUAAAUUCAAUGUAUGGUAUACAACUAUGGCAUGUCGACUGUCUUUGUACUGUAGUCAUAAGAAAUAUGAUAUUCAUUUGGUAAAGAGCCACAGACAUCUGUGCUGUCCCAUCAUCUAAUGCAUACCAACAUGCAGGAGGUCACAGGCCUUUGAAUAAGCUUUAUCUCUUCCUCUUUACUUCUUACUUUCCCUUUUAAAGAAACAGUGAGGGUAGAGAGGACUCUAGAUUUAAGAUCCCAAAUUAAGCACUCUUUUUUAUCUGACUUACUGGAGUCUUCUAAUUGUUAGUACAUUCCUAAUCCAAUUUGUCCUGAUUGUUCAAAGGUUUCCAACAUUUUAAAAUAUUGUAUUCUCAACUAUGGGGGUGUAUUUUUUUCCUUCUGCUUCCAUUUCUAUCCCAAACAAUACUGAUACACACUACUGAGAAAUCUAGUUUCAAAGUGUUUGGGAGUUUGUCUUGUUCUUUUUGUUUGUUUAAAUAAGCUUCACUUUUUCAGGUCUUUUCCCCUACUAACCAACUAAAAAUAAACAGUGACAAUGUGACAUGGAGUACCAAUGAUUUCAUAUUAAAUGAGAGGUGUGGCCACUUGGAAAUGGUUGAAAUUAUUCCCACAUUUUUGAUCCUCUUCUUUCUUGGAGAAGCAGAGCUAACAGUUGGUAGAAAGCUUGGGAUAACCCUGGGGUAAAAUCCCUGUUAGAUUUCCUCUUAGGAACUAAGAUGUAAAAUUUUGUGUGUAUGAUUGCUGUCCCUAAAGUGUAUAAUGGUCUCAAAUAUAUAUAUUUUUACACUCUUAACCAUAAUGUAUUUAAAAGGUGUCUAGAAAGCCACCUUUGAAUUCUGUUCCCCAGUCUGUUGAACUGGCUAGCUGGUAGAAUGGGGACAAAAUGGGGAAAAUUCUGAGUUAGUGCCAAUAUUGGCUAAUACUUAUGGAGAUACUUGGAGAUCUGACCAGAUACAUCCUUGGCAAAAUGGAGGUCCUGCUUCUAGUCCAUUUGGUAACUUGUCAUAAAUUACUGUAUUGAUUGCAUGUGUAUUGUUGCCUAUGAAAGAAUUAAUUGUGUGAUAGCAAGCAAUCAGUGUUACUAUUUGUUUGGAAAGUAUUAGAAAACUAUCAUAAUGAAACUCAUUAACAGCAAAAUAGUGUCCCACUUAUUUUCUGAGACCAAGUCCUUACCUAUUAAAUGAGGGGGCCUAAUCUAGAUGACCUCUAAUUUCUUUUCCAGCUCUAGAAUUAUAUCGUUCUAUUUCAGACCUAAAUUAAACUUCACUCCUUUCCCUUAAAUUCCCCACCCUCUAAAUUUCCAACACAUAUUCAUUUUGAAUCUUUUACAGGACUGAGACAAAAAAAAUGAGGGAAAGGUCACAUAGAUUAGUGGCUCACAGGAGAGAGGGCAUCAUUUAAAAUCAAAUCUUCUUUGAAAAGUUCAUGAGCCUUCCUUUAAGGUCUUCAAUAUAAUGACCAGUCUGAAGCUAGAAAUGUGUUUGUGAUAGCAUUUUAUAGAUUUUUCAGCUUAUUUUCCAUAGAACAAUUAGCAUUAUUUUUAGUUUUUCCAAAAAAAAAAUGAAGACAGGAGUUAUAGAUGAAAUUAAAGAGAGCCUUUGUUGGAUUCAUAGUAGGCACUCUAUCUCAAGUUUAAAAUGACUUGUUUUCCAUUUGAAAACUCAAAUGUAUAGCUCUCUAAUUAAAGUAACCUGUAUGGAGUAUGAAAAUAUCACAUUAUGCCCAUAUUAAGGACAGUAUUUCUCAAUAUGUUGAACAUACUUAUAAGACUAUGUAAAUUUAUCAAUAGAAGGCAAGUGUCCUUAAAGAGACUCCAUUCUCUCUCAAAGGUCAUUAGUAGAAGCAAACUAAACUCAAUGAACGAAGUAGGCAUCUGUAUUUGUUUUUUUUUUCUUUUUACAUCUUACACUAACAUAUUUAGCUAGUAAAAAGUGAUCAAUUCCAAGAUAAUGUCUCCAAAUACUUUUUAAAAAUUGGGAAUAAUGCAAUAAGAAAACCCAAUCUAUCUCUGGGUGAAUUACUUCUUACUUAAUAGACCUGUGAUCUCAUUGAUUCUCCAAUGAUGAAGAUUGUAAAUCUUCCAUAUCUCCCCAUCCUGUGUAAUUCUUUCUGAUGUCCUCCUAUAAAUUCUCCACAGAAAACUUCCCCUAGAUACCUUGACAUUACUGGAAUAACACCAUUAUAAUGUACCAUUUCUUAGACAAUGAAUAUUUUACUUUUGUUAAUAAUAUGUUGACUAGUAAGGAAACCUUUUUUGGGGGGGUUGGAAAAUAAGAGUAUAUUCUAGGACAACAAUUCAACAGUAUUCCAGUCAAUAAAAUGUGAAUUUUAAUGUAACUUCUCUUAAAUGGAUCAACAUAUGAAUGUUUUCUUUUCCUGUAUACAUUGUACACAUAUGUAUGUUUGCAUUAAAUAUGAAUUGCAAAUGUAAGACUUCUAUGAAUGAACAUAUUUCCCCUCUAUGACCAUGGCCUGGGUCAAGGGUCAUAAAGCUUUGUUUAAUUCUUGACAGUUUAUAAACUAUGUUGAUUCUAGAAGCAAGAAUUAAAAACACAUUUUUGACAUCAGAUUGAUCUUCUUGAGGAUCAUAAUGUAUCAGUAUUACCCAUUUAGAAUAUUCAUGACCUUAUGAAGGUCGACAAACCCUAUUUCCUUCAUUAUCCCUUGAAACAAGGCAGAAUUUUAAAGUAUGUUAAGGUGAAUGGAGAAGAAAACAAGUUUACAAAUCAACUGAUGAAAACAAGCAAUUUUAGGCUGUAUGUUUGCAAUUUAAAAAAAAGGGUAAAGUCACAGGGGGGAAAUCAAGUCAGGAAAAACACUGAUCUUUGACAUUCCUUUUGAUUUCACAGAACUUGCUAUUUAACCAAAGGGACCAUUGCUAUCUCGACACUACUCAAUGACACCCUCACUUGACAACAGUUCUCUAGGGCUUGCUCAUGCAUUUUAGCAUUGUCUUUCUUAAUUAAGCCCCACUACCAAAUAUAUUACACUCAUGUUGUAUGUUAAAAUCCAAUGUUCUAAACUUGUUUUCAUAUUUAGACUUAUCCCCAUACUUGUCACUGAAAAUGUUUCAUAUCUGCUGAGACAUCAAGGGCUAAGUGCUAAAAUGAGUUGCCCAACAAAUGCAUGAAAGAAGAUUAAAAAAAAAUAAUUAGGAGUCAACAUUUGUAUCCUACCUAUGCACAUAUACACAGGAUGUUUCAGCAAAUUCUCCUGAAUAAUAAAAAGCUUGACAAGUAUACACACACACACACACACACACACACACACUCAUCUGUAAGUGAUUAGAUAAUACAAACAACUCUGAAAGUUGGCUAAACAUGUAAGUACCAUGGAUUUGGCAUAUUUGGAUUUUAAUUUAGAAAAAAAAAUUAGAAUUUCCCUACAUGUUCAAAUAGAUCAACAGCAUUAAGAUCAAUCAUAAUCAAUCAUAAUGCUCCAACUAAACAUUUUUUGCAUUUGGUUAAUCAAUUUCUUAAUGAUGAAUGUAAACCACACCCAGUACAAUUCAUUAGAAAGCAUGCAGAUGAUGUGUGUAUUUCCAACUGGUAAACAUGGUGGAAUAGUGCAAAAAAAGACUGGAUUUGGAGUUACCAGAUAAGGAUUCAAAUUUUAGCUCCAGUAAUUACUUACAAGUUGUGUGAUCAUUCUGACACUUGGUUUCCUCAUUUAUAAAUGGGGAUGAUAAUGCCGACACUACCUACCUCACAGGGUUGUUGUGAGGAAAGUGCUUUGUAAGUUCAAAAGUACCAUACUUGUGAGCUAAUAAUAACUGUCAUUAUUCACCUUUAUUUCAGUUUUGUUUCUGUUCUGUAAAGAAACAUUCCUAGUGCCUAAGAUGAAGAUUGUGUUUCAAGGAGACUUCAAUGGUUAUCACUUUUCUCCUCUUUCAAGAAAUGAUUUGAAAAUGAAAUCCACUCUUCUGUUGGCAAUGGUUAUUGGAAACAACCUUGAGAAAUAUGUCACUCCACAUCUGAGCAAAUGUUGCGUUUCAUUAUGUUUGGACUCCAUUUUUGGGGGAGAUGUACAUUCCUGUUCAUGAUUUUAAAGGAAAGAA